ACAGCGUCCGCGGACCAGUUGUUGGGAAGAAUGGAGAGGAGUUGGUUUGCAUUCCCUGACCAAGACCUGCUCCAAAGAAAUGGCCGACGAUACGAUGGUGGUGUGAAGCCAAAACUUAAUUUACAGCAAGUAGCGAUUGCACAGGUUAUGAAUUACAACGUAAGCAGUAAAGAGAAUUCAGAGAGAGAGUCCGUCAUCCACAGCCACUACAGUCCUCUUAAUGUCACAGUGAAUGGGAGCCCUUGCAUACUUUUCUGGGCCAGAAGAAUCAUGAUUAAGUUUCAGAAUCACACUCAGCUGGACUUAACAGACAAGACAUUUGGUGUUCAUGCGAUUGUAGAUGUUGCUGAUUCAAACUGCAGUGAAGAAAAUGCUGUGCUUUCCCUUAAUUUUGGUGAUGUUGACAAUUUGAAGGGAUUUGUUAUCAGAUUUAUGCUUACAAACAGUUACUACAAGCUGUCCAUUCAAAAUUGGUUUACCUUGCAUAGAAUCCAGCUCAUAUACAACCAUUCUGUACAAGCGACAUUCAAUGCAACCCGAAUACAUGCUCCAGCAAGUUAUUCCUAUCACUGCGAACAUGUUAGCAACCUCCAGAGAUAUGAUGCACUGCUGACACCCAGCUCUACAAAUGAUGCAGCCAGGCUCUGGGAAGUCACUUUUAUUGACUUUCAGAUCCAAGGAUUUAACAUUGAAGAUGGACAGUUUGCUUACGCAAAAGACUGUGCCUCCUUAUUCCCGCCAGCAAUUCUGAUGGGCCUGGUGAUGUCUCUGAUUCUGCUUCUUGUUCUGGCCUAUGCCCUCCACAUGCUGAUACACUUGAAAUCCCUCGACAGGCAUUAUGAAUGCAAAGCAUCUCCUGCAUAUUUUCCACAGAUGAAAGACAUGGACACAGCAGAUGAAAAAGAACCACUGCGGAAUAAUGGGAAUGAAGCCUAUGAACUUACAAGCCAACAGUUCUCUAAAAUUUAUAUUUAGCAGUGUCUAUAUGUUCUACGGGAAGAUAACAAACUGCUCCUGAGGCACCUUCACAUGCUGUGAGCUCAUGUUAGAGUUUUGAGAAUCUCAGCUUUGAUAUCAAUAGAAAGAUUUCUAGUCCUCAUGAUUGUGAAGAGAAAUGUCAAUGUACUACAGCAGUGGCUAUUAAUUUCUCUAAAAGAAACGAAGAAAAAGAGCCCAGUUAUAU